AUGAAAGGCUACUGAUGUGGGCUGAUUGAACAGGUUUUAUUCCAGUGACGGGAAGACAUGGUCCUUGCAAUAAAACUGUUGCUCUUCACCUGUAUUUGGCCAACUUCUCUUUUAAUCAAUAACAGUGAUCAUCAUCAUCAUCCUUACCACAACCAUCAUCCUCAAAGGUCAUUCAUGAAAAGACAUAACAGCAAACGAGAAAUUAAGAUGAGAAAACUAGACAGCACUAAAGUAAAGCCUGUGAAAUCUGAACAACUUCUCCGCAUAGAGGAUCAUGAUUUUGCCAUGAGACCUGGCUUUGGAGGCUCACCAAUACCAGUAGGUAUUGAUGUGCAAGUAGAAAGUAUUGACAGCAUUUCAGAAGUUGACAUGGACUUCACAAUGACUUUAUACCUCAGACAUUACUGGAAAGAUGAGAGACUUUCAUUUCCUAGUACCAGAAACAGAAGCAUGACCUUUGAUGGAAGACUAAUAAAAAAGAUCUGGGUCCCUGAUAUAUUUUUUGUUCAUUCUAAAAGAUCCUUCAUUCAUGAUACAACUAUGGAGAAUGUUAUGUUACGCGUCUACCCAGACGGCAACGUGCUCUUCAGCUUACGGAUAACAGUUUCUGCCAUGUGCUUUAUGGACUUCAGUAGGUUCCCACUUGACACUCAGAACUGCUCCCUAGAGUUGGAAAGCUAUGCUUACAAUGAAGAAGACUUGAUGUUAUAUUGGAAACACGGCAAUGAAUCACUCAGCACAGAUGAGCACAUUUCCCUUUCCCAGUUCUUCAUUGAAGAAUUUGGUGCUUCUAGUGGACUAGCAUUUUAUAGCAGCACAGGUUGGUACAAUCGACUUUUCAUAAACUUUGCCCUGAGGAGGCACAUUUUCUUCUUUGUUCUACAAUCCUAUUUCCCAUCUAUGCUGAUGGUGAUGUUGUCAUGGGUUUCAUUUUGGAUUGAUCGAAGAGCUGUUCCUGCAAGAGUAUCACUAGGUAAACCUUCAUCUGAAGAUAUUUUGCUAUGUUCUCUGUAUGGGACCGAUAGAAAGCCAGGCAAUGGCGUACAUCGAGAUAAUGGAGAGAUUUCUCUAUCGGUGUCGAGGGCAAAGGGAAGAAGGCUGGCUGCUGGAUUAUACAACAUAGAUGCAGUGCAAGCAAUGGCCUUUGAUGGCUGUUAUCAUGAACCAGACACAGACAUGGACCUCCCCACUUUUCCAGUCCAUUCAGAAGAGAGUUCGAUGCGAGGGAGAGCGCCCAGCAUCACAAAACUAGAAACAACUCGCAUUAAGAGGAAGAGAUCCCUACGAGGGAAUGUGGGCCGGAUUAUUUUGCAGAACAAUCAUGUCAUUGAUACAUAUUCCAGGAUUAUAUUUCCUACUGUAUACAUCGUGUUCAACUUGUUUUACUGGGGUUUGUAUAUAUGAAUGGACUAUAACAGAUAUAUAUUUAAUCUGAGGACACCAGAAGGGUAUGCCUUGCUAAAUCAUGCAUCAAUCAGUUUAUGAGAUGAUUCAGUCUGAAGAGAUUCUAGUAACAAUCAGAUACUGUUUUUCUCCUGGUCUGUUAUAUAUUUUUUCUCAUGGACUGCUCAAUGAGAAGAAAAACUCAGUUCUUCGGGGUUUCUUAUGCUACCUAUGUUUUUAUUUCUAAAUGAUAGCAAGUGGUUUUAACUGAUUUUCAUGGCAAUACUAUGAUGUGUCUACUUUGUUGCGCAAUACAUAGGAUGGGCAGUUAUGGGGCUUUCCAUCAUGCUUCUGAGUAGUUUACAGAACAAAUUUAAAGCUACUAAGAGUGAUUACAUAUUAACGUAAAGCAUGCAGUAGCUUAUCCUCUUCUGCUUGUUUCCUCCCUCUACCCGCAUGAGUGACCCAGACAAAUGUGACAAAAUAAGCACCUUUUCCCCCUAUCUCUCCAAAUUAUCCUUCACUUACCUUAUUGAAGUUCCAGAGUAUUUCAUAUAUUUAUGGGAAGACUUUGUCCUUGGAUUAUUGCCUAGGAAAGAAUUCUGCUUGUCAAGUGGAUUAAAGACUGUGAUUUGAAUGGAAGCUGACAAGGAGCCAGUCAGACAUGAUGCUGGAGUUCCUAGCCAGGAUUAAUGCUCUGUCUCCCCGCUGCCGUGCGAUGGCCACAGUCCACAUCAUCAUAUUUCUGCAUUUUAUAGUUCUUAAGAGUGUGGGAGAUUCCUCUGACCAUAGAUCUUCUAUAUCAUAUUUUGUUUGGCCCUGGCCUAUGAUAUAUCAGCAGAGACAGAAAAAAAGCAUUCUAUCACUCAUCUGGAGAUGUAUAUAAACAACACAGAGCAGUAGUUUUAAAUUUAGGUUUUUGUUAACUGAGAGUCACAACAGGAAAGAAGCUCUGUUGAAAAUAAUGUCUGAAAUAGUAAACAAUAUAAAUAAAUGCUAAUCUGUCCUAUAGGGCAAACACUGAAUUAAUGCAAACAAAUUGCAUUUAAUGCUCUUUUUUUUGGGUGAGGGGAUAUUGGCAGCCAGUACAAAUCACUUUAUAGAUAAAUUCUAUGCAUAUUUGCUAAAAACACACAAAAAGAGUCCUGUAGUUUUGGUGGAACAUCAUACUAGAAACGUUUGCGUAGGACUAUACCCAAACUAUGCAGCUAUACUAACACAGCCACAAAAGGCUGUGAGUUGGAGCAGAGGAACACUUGUGAGAUAUGGAGGGGGGGGCACUCUUUUUCUUCUGUCUUUUUUCAUUGCAGAUCAUCAGCCAACUAUUUUUUCAGAGUGGAAAAAUAUUUCAGGAAAUUACUUGUACAUGUAUGUCCGGUUUUCUAACCUGGAACACACUCCUAUAAGGUAAAUUGAUAGGCUCCAAGAAUAAGUUGCUACUUUAUAAAGUGAACAUAGAGGUUGCAUACCAAGACUGGGAAACAGUCUUGAAGAGAAAGGGCAUCAGUCAAUAAUGGCAUGGAAAAUAUAUUCCAGAGCAUGUGAAGCCUGAAAGAGUUGAAGGAAGAGUUUUGCUUUUGUUCAUUUAAAGAAUUGUGCAUCUCUGCCUUUGUUUCUAUACUUCUUUAAAUGCCAUGCCAGGAUUUUGAUUGAACUUGCUUUUGGAACAAGUCCCAAAUCCCAUGCAAAUUAUUUUUAACAUAUAUCCAUCAUUACAAAAUUUCACCAAACUGUGACUAUUCUUGCCAUUACCACCAUAUUACAAACACUGGAGCAUGUCCAUUCAUCAUUCAUUGUAAUA